UGUUAACAAAAAAUUAUUUUAAAACGCUAGUACUAAUUGAUAGAUGAAAUCGUUGUAAUUUUAAGUAGUAUUACUGAAGUUAAGUGCGCCUUUAAAUCUUGCUAUAAAUUUUAAUUGAAGCAAAAGGUUGUUUUAUUAUUUAAUUAAAAAGUGUAAACAAUGUGGAAAUUAGGAGCAUCCAUUCAAAUUUUAAUCGGAGUUAGUACUGGUGUUGUUCUGGGAUUCACGCUCAAAAUGUUUACAGCACAACCUUGGACGGAACGAAAUAUGAUGUAUUUACUAUUUCCUGGGGAACUUUUUUUAAGAAUUGUCAAUUGUCUUAUAUUACCACUGGUUUUAUCGAGUAUCAUAAGUGCAAGUUCAAAUUUGGAACAAUCCGGAGGGAAAAUUGGCUCAAAAACAUUGCUCUAUUACAUCGUCACCUCCACAGUAGGAAUACUUCUGAGCAUUACUUUAACUUUGUCAAUUCGGCCGGGUGAAUGGGGCUCCGAAAUCGAUUACCUGGGCAACUUUGAUUAUACGGACGAUGACGAAGAGCAAGAAAAUUCGUUCGUCCGGGUCAAUUUUACAACUGCGGAUGCAUUUCUUGAUUUGGCAAGAAAUUUGUUACCAGAAAAUUUAAUUCAAGCGUGCUUAUAUCAAUUUCAAACAGUUUUGAUUGAUCUCAAGAAAAACACAACUGAUCAAAAUGUAUACGAUUUGCCCAUAUCUCACGAAUAUACAUCGGGCACGAAUGUCUUGGGUUUGGUAUUCUUCAGCUUAGUAUUCGGAUUGGCCUUGAGCAAAAUGCCGGCCGAACAAAAGCUACCCUUGCAAAACUUCUUCCAAAGCUUAGCGGCCGCCACAGGCGAAAUCGUCGAUGCCGUCAUCAAAAGCGCACCAAUCGCCGUUGUGUUCCUGAUCUCGAGCAAAUUGUUACGCACCGAAGAAACUCAAACGGAAUUGACGCGGUUGCUCGUGUUCGUGGCGACGGUCCUGCUGGGCCUCGCCAUACAGGCCCUGCUACUUUUGCCGCUGAUUUACUUCAUCUGGAUGGCGCGCUGGCCUUACAAAAUUAUAAAGAACCUUGGCCCGGCCCUCGUUACGGCCUUUGGUACUUCUUCGAGCACUGCGACGGUUCCUACUACAAUAAGAUGCUUGGACAAACUUGGAGUCGAUCCGAAAGUCUCGCGCUUCGUUGCUCCGAUCGGUGCUUCCAUAAACUUGGAUGGCAUAGCUUUAUACGAGACCGUUGGUGCUAUUUUCAUCAUGCAGAUGAGAGGGUUUCAUUUAUCGCUAAUUCAAACUGCAGCCGUCAGUAUUACUUGCACAUUGUCAUGUAUUGGUGCUGCAGGAAUACCUAGUGGUGGUUAUCCAAUGCUAAUUAUGGUAUUAAAUGCUUAUGGAAUACCUGCUGAAGAUGUUGCACUCAUAAUUGCAGUUGAUAGCUUCAUCGAUCGGUUUAGAACUAUGGUAAAUAUUAUAGCUGACAGUCUAGGAUCAGCAAUCAUCAGUCGUUUGAUCAGAAAAGAGAAGAUAGAUGCAGAGCAUGCCUUCCAAGAUUUUGAUGAAAUAAUUUCUUAA